GUCGUCGGUCUUUUCGUGAGACUUUUAUUUUCUGGCUGGUUCAUUAAACUUCCUUCCUCACCGUGGAUCAUUGUUCUUCUUCUUUUCCCCCUGUUUCUUCUUCCCUUUGUUGCCACAUCCACAGGUUUGGCUGGUGUUUCACUGACAAAACUCCCCUGGAGAAGAAUACCGGAAGCCUCGGCUUUCUUUCACUUUAUCUGUAACCGUCCAUUGCCUGGUUUUUGAUGGGAUUUGAGUUAAUUUCCUGACCUGACCUCAUCCCUUCUUUCCAUUCUGGUGACUCCUCUCUGCCCGAGGCUCGGCCUUGACCUUACGGAUUGUUAAUCCAAGUGGUCACGCGACCAUAAUCUUUUUAAGACAUCAGUCUUUGAGUCUUAUUGCCGUGUGCAAAGCCUACCUAGGUCCUUCUAGACAGCAGUGUUGGACUAAGCAGACUAGACAUCUUGUUCUUCUGGUAUUCGUGUUAGACGUCAGCAUUGUCGGAUCAAUUACUGUGAUUCUAUACUCAUUCUAGUCAUCAUGCUUCCACCGGUUCCAGCACUAGCGGACUACGGCAUUUCGCCAGACCAUGGAUUUCUUCCGCCUGAGCCACCCCUUGAUGUCCUACCAGACCCCUAUUAUGCUCGGUGGGAGUGGAUGGUUUCGAAUCUACAAUCGCUAUUGCUGAGUAGGAGGAUUCGGGACGUUGUGGACCAGAUGCCUAUCUUAUCCACGUCCUACCUUCAGUCAGAAGGUGAGUGGAGAAGGGCCUAUGUUGUCCUAGGAUUCAUCCUGCACGGAUAUGUCUGGGGAGGAAGCAAACCAUCUGAAAAAGUGCCUCCUCAAAUCACCGUUCCCCUGCUAGAGGCUUGCAAGCAUUUGGAACUUCCUCCGGUUGCUACAUAUGCCGGAGUGUGUCUGUGGAACUACAAGUCUAUAUUCCCUGAGGAAGCUGCGGAAGACCUCAGUAACCUGAGUUGUCUGAACACCUUCACAGGCUCGUUGGAUGAACAAUGGUUCUACCUCAUUUCUGUUGCCAUCGAGGCUCGUGGAGCGCCAUCUCUAUCGCUGGCGCUGCAAGCAAUUUCUGCAGCCCGAGCUGGAAACAGCCUGGUGGUGACGGAAUCCCUACAGAGGCUCGCCGAAGUCAUAGAUGAAGUAGGAGCGCUGCUAGAACGGAUGUACGAGAACUGUGAUCCAUAUGUGUUCUACCACCGGAUUCGGCCAUACCUUGCUGGUAGCAAGAACAUGGCCGAUGCGGGACUUCCUCAUGGUCUGCUGUAUGACGACGGGAGCACAAAACCCGAGUAUCGUCAAUAUGGAGGUGGCAGUAAUGCUCAGAGCUCCUUGAUUCAAUUUUGGGACAUUGCUCUGGGUGUAGAGCACCGACCCACUGGGGAAACCCGUUCUGAAACCGACAAAGAUGACAAAGAAGGAGUUACGGGAGCACCCCGCCACGGAUUCAUCCACGAGAUGCGGUCGUAUAUGCCAGGGCCUCACCGUCGUUUCCUGGAACAUGUAUCCGCAGUGGCCAAUAUUCGGGAGUAUGUGGAGGCUCGUCGCUCGGACAAAGCAUUAUGCAUUGCAUAUGACGCUUGUCUUUCUAUGCUGCGAACCUUGCGGGACAAGCACAUCCAGAUGGUGUCCCGCUACAUCAUCAUUCCAUCCCGCGAUGCCAAGGGCCGGGCACCCCGGUCGUCCAGUCCAUGCAGGCAUGCUUCUACGACAAACUUAGCGAACACUCGCAUCGGCGAUGGAAAGAAUAAGAAGCUACGAGGAACGGGAGGUACCGCCCUGAUUCCCUUCCUCAAACAGGCACGAGAUGAGACUGGUGAGCCAGCCAUCGAUGCGUGGGCUCGGCGUCUUCUGAGUAAUGCACCCACCGAAGCCAGCUUUGCAGCCCUGAGCAAAGUCGGCGAACAUCCCGACGGCCAUCUACAAGUUGUCGGGUUGUCAGGGACCUGGGCAGCAGACGAUAGUGAAGGAGGCAUUUGCCACUGGUAAUCAACGAGGAGGGUAUUCGUUCGGCAUGGACUUGUGUGUUUUUAGCGAAUUGCGUGUUUGAUAUUUUAGCGGUUUUAAUCAUUACUGCAGAUGCAGUUUGCCUAGUCUAAAAGAGCUCAUGGGGACCGUCAUUCAACAGUUUACCUGAUGAGCCAAUGACAUCAAUCCACCCUCUACAGAUGUGAUGAUACCAUUGUGAAUAGAGCUUAUAGCUUGUGACCUACUUCCUCCCUUACAUGUUUAUGAGUGUCCGUUUGUCCGCUCCCAGCGAUGUUAAUUUUUCCAAUUGACUGCGAUUAAUAUGUCCAACUCGCAUCUGACUGCUGCAUAUACUCUCGCCUAACGCUGCUAAGGUACGGAUUUGGGAAAUCUAAUCACUUCCUUGAGGCAAUCUCACAUUGGUAUCUAACACUGCAUUGAAGUCUGUCAUUGCCA